AUGGUUAAGAUUCAGUUUACUGUUAAAAAUGCUUCUAUUCAAAAAUACACUCUGCUUUCAACAGUGAUUUGUUUGGUGAUGACAUUUAUGAACAUGAUGAAUCGAAUUCACUACGUUGGAGCCAUUUACGCCAUUGGAGCAAUAUUAAUGGGAAUAACCAAUCACAUCCAUAACUCAUUAAGCAUAACAGGAAUUGGAUGUAUUUUGGACAUAUUUAAUCUUUUUUUCCGUAACUAUAAUUCGAAUUGGGCUCCAGUCAGAUAUUUUCAAUUUUUAAAAAAUAUUCUUGUUAUCGUGUACGAAUUAAUGUACAUGACGAUGUUGCAUUGCUAUUGGCAGUACACUGAAGCAACUAAAAUUCAACCACAAACAUCAUGGUUAAAAAACCAAACGAUAUUACCCUUCAAACUAGGACAAUUCGGAGCAGGGGCACUAACUCCUAGUGUUUCAGUUCCGCGUUCUAUUCAAACGACGGAACCUGAUGCAGCUAUGAGUUCUACUACACUAAAGCAAGAAACAAAUGUAGCAGUUCAAAACUCUAAUGUAGAAACACCAGAACUUAAUGAAGUGACAGAACCUAGCCAACCACUAACUAAACUUAAUGUAACAAUGCCGGAAGCAAAUGUAGCGUCAGAACCUAGUGCAGCGAUAGAACUGAAAACACCAGAUUCCAUUGAAACGACAGAACUGAGUGCAGCAGUAUCAAAACCCACGGUAUCAUCAACAGAACCUAAUGAAGAAGCGCUCAACUCUAUUGAACAAACACUAGAUGUAAUUGAAACAAAAGAACCUGAUGAAAAUUUCACAGAACAUACUGACGCGUUGGUGGACCUUAUUGCACCUUUACAAGAAUCAAAUUCAGUAACGUUAGACCCUAAUUCACAAACACAGAAGUCUAUUGUGGCAAUGGAAUCUAAGCAAAUAUCAGAACCCGAUAAAAAAGCUCCAAAAGAAAAUGUAAUAUCGACGGAACACGAUAAAAACGCUUCAGAAGAUAAUGUAACAUUAACGAAACCAAGUGCAACAUUACAGGAACAGAGUGUGUCAAUUCCAGACCCAAAUGGAGAAAAACUUUAA